UGUUUAUAAAGUUAAUUUCUAGUGUUUUGUAUUUUAAUAAUAUAAUUACUAGUAGUAACUAAAUCACAAUUUAUUUUUACCACAAUGAAUAAAAUCAUAUCAUGCCUAAUUGUGGCCGCAUUGGUGGUGGCCAUCGAAUGUAAACGAGAGGCUAAAUUCGCGCCGUACAUAUUCGUGCCGCGAACAUCCGAGUUCAAAUUGACCCAGAUGAAACAAGAGUUGGGUGUGAAUGCCUUUUCGCUGGCGUUUGCAUUGGGCGGGUCGGGCGGCUGUACGCCCCUCUGGGACGGCGAGAUCGCCAUCGAUGAGCCCUCUAUAGUGAAAGAGUUGAACGCAUUCCGCGCGGCCGGCGGUGAGCUGUUGGUGUCGACGGGCGGUCAGGCCGGCAAUUAUCUGGAGAACGCCUGCCGAUCGACGGCUGAAUUGGCCAACGCUUACAAAAAGGUAUUACAAGUGACCGGCGCUAAGGGUCUGGACAUUGAUCUCGAAGCCGUCGUUCCCUUCGAUACCGUAAUGUCUGCGUUGGCGCAGAUCCAGAAGGAGAACCCGGCCAUUACGGUCAGCUUCACGCUCGAGGUGCAAGGUGAUGAUUACGGUCUGACCGACGCUCUCGGUGUUGAUGUGUUGAAGGCGGCGGUGAAACACGGCGUUAACGUUGAUAUUGUGAACCCAAUGGCAAUGGACUUCGGGGCGAGCGGUGGCCGUACGUGGGGUCAGGCGGUCAUACAGACGGGCGAAUCGGUCGUCAAACAAAUGAAAAAAGUUUGGCCCAAAAAGUCGGAGCAGGAGUUGUACGGUAUGCUAGGCGUGACACCAAUGUUGGGCGUGAAUGACAACGGGGUAAUCUUUACGCUGGAACAUGCCAAACAAUUGGUCCAAUGGGCCAAUGAAAAGAAGAUUGGUCAUUUGGGUUUUUGGGAUAUCAAUCGCGAUAAACAGUGUUCGGCCGAAUCGGGCUCGAACUCCGGCUCUCGCGCGUCGCCCGCCUGUUCAGGCAUUCAACAGCAACCGUUCGCAUUCACCAAGAUUUUUACCGGAUUUAAAUAA